CUCUUCUGGCAAAGGAUUUCGUGUUGAGGUUCUCAUCGUGCAUUGCGGGUUCGUCCGAAACGAUCUCGCCGUUUGUAUCGAACCGAUUCCAGCAUUCGCAGUGUGGGCAUUGGAAGGACCGGGGAUUCCGGGGAGCUGGGAUGAUAGCUGACUGGCAGAAGAAGCAAAUUACAGAGUUGUGUUGUUUGAAGAUCUUGGACAUGGGUCUUGAGCCGGGGGAGGAGGAGGAGGAUGCGGAGGGAGUGGGAGUCGCCGCUCACGCCACGAACGCGCGCGCGAUGUUGUUGCCUAUUUUGCACGCGAGACGCGUCCCAAGCGCGCGUGCAUGACGCGCUGAGUGCUGCGCGCAGCCUCCGAGUCUGCGACCGCGAUGUCGACUGCUGCAGGCCCGUCUGCAGUCCGCGGCGACAUCACUCUCCAGCCAUCAUAUUUUACCUCCUCGCUCUACGUCGAGCCUCUUCGUGAGGACAUAUCAAACCUUGUCAACCUCUUCGCCGAGCGGUACGUAGAGACAUGGCCGCCAAAUCAGCCAUUUACGCUCUUCAAGCGCCUCUGGUCAGAACAAGGAUGGUGCUGGUUGCAUUUCAAGGUGCUCGAUGCUCGCGCAAGGGAGGCCUUCAUAAACGUCACCCAUAGGCUGCUUGUUGAACGCUUGGCAGACGGAGAGCCUCCGCUCACCCGGGUGGUCGUUCUCUUCGCGCUAUACACAUUCCACCUCAGCCAACCGGCCACUCAAAACCCGCCCAUUUAUUCGGUAGGGCACAUCGCCAUUCCAAUAGACAUUUAUGAUGCACUCCUGAGCCUACCGUCGAGCCUCACCAAUCCCGAGCUACUUCCCCUUCAGCCGUACAUUACCUACGUGCUCAAGGCGCUCGAGGAAGCGUUCCAUAUCCUGCCACGGACCGAAUUGCGCCCAUACAAACCGAGCAUCUUGCCGCGAGAAUUGUUCGUGACGGAGGAACACGAAUCUGCCGUCAUGGCUGCUCUAGCUGGCAGUGCCACGAUGUCAAACGCGGGAGGCGGUGUAUCCAAGAAGAAAGGCAGACCGUCACGGCGUGACAAGCAAAAGAAAGCGAAAGAUGCGCUAGCUGCCCUAGAGAAGUACCUCGAGAAGAACACGACUACGCUAGCUCCUGAACCACCCCCCUCAUCACAGUCUACAGCAGCCGCGGAUCGUCUGCUUACGACUCAUCGCAUGGUCGCUCACCCUCCCAACGCGACACGCGAGCAAUAUCGUGCAUACAAGGCGGAAGCCCUGGGAAUGCUGGACCCCCAUGGUGCGGGCCCGAUAACGGAACACACGCGGGGAGUAAAUGCCGGGCAAGAGGCAUUACAGCGUGCGAACGACGCUGUCCUCGCACGUCUCAAGAUGAUCGAUGAGAUGGCCGCUGAACAGGGUUUAGAGGUGGGCGGUGAAGGUGGGGAGAAGACAGGCCUUGCGCGCGUCGAGCGCGCUGUGCAGCACCUCCGAUUGUCGGGCGACCCGUCCGGGAGCGUGGGCAUCCUGGGGCUGCUGGAGGGCGCGGGCCUGGACGAGCGCUGGGAGGUGUGACCCGAGUGUGACUGUGCCGGGGCGGGGUCGGGCGCGGCGAUCUUACGCCUGGCGCGGCGUUGGAAUCCCCGCUGCCGGAAUGGACUCAAGCCAGGGCGGACGGCUUGAACGUUCAGAUCACAAGCAUCAAUGCCAAGUCCAGCGUCCUCGGUCUCGGUACCCCUGGGAAUUGACCGUGACAGGUCCGCCGCUCGAUCAG